AUGACAUCCGAAACGACUCCGCUGACGUCAAGUCCUCGUGUACAGCACUAUGUACGACAAGAGGCCCGCAAUCGCAUUAUCCGCCGCGGCUUAAUCGCUGUGCUGGCGCUCAUUGGCAUCUGUAUGUUCGUGGUCUACAUCAUAGAACCAAUUUUUUUCAGCAUCGAUACCAAGACCAACAACCGUGAACCUGAGGGAGUCCCCGUUGUUGCGGGGACUGGAAGUAAGGAUGUUUUCUGUGGGCUCACUACCCAAGACUCAGGGUAUAUUAAGCUCCCUAACAAGGUCGACGAUCACUACUUCUACUGGUAUUUCGAAUCUCGGAGCCAACCAACUACCGACCCCCUAGUACUUUGGCUCACAGGAGGCCCCGGAUGUUCCAGUAUGAUGGCGCUGCUCACGGAAAAUGGACCGUGCCACGUGCUUCCUGACCUGUCAACACAACUCAAUCCGUACUCGUGGACGAAUGAGAGUAAUGUCGUGUGGUUAGACCAGCCAACGACAGUGGGAUUUACUUACGGUGACAUACGUGAUGGUGACAGUAAUGAAGACAAUGUGGGUGAAAACAUCUAUUACUUUCUACAAGGAUUUUUUCAAAAGCACCCAGAGCUGGUUAAUCACGACUUCUACAUCACUGGCGAGAGUUACGGAGGACAUUAUGUUCCAGUGGCAGCGCAUUACGUCUGGGAGCAGAACAAGCUGAACGUCAACACUUCUAAAUAUAUCAACCUUAAGGGUAUCGCAAUUGGCAACGGUCUUACUCAAGCUUCAAUUCAAUUGCCACAUUCGAUUGAUAUGGCAGAAAAAAACGCGUACAACAUUUCUUUAGUGGAUGCGAUGCAGCUUGAAGACAUGAAAGCCGAGGCGCCGGUCUGUGGUGCGAUUUUAGACCAAUGCCCUCAAAAUCUUACCGCGUGUUUUGUCGGAUCUGAAUUUUAUAUGGAGAAGCUGUUUGUUCCAUUAUUGUCCGCAAAUCGUAAUCCGUACGACAUUCGUAUGCCUUGCACAAGAAUGGACGAUCCGACCAAGUGUUACGACAUUUCCUAUGUUUCCAAGUAUUUGGAUUCUACAAACGUUCGUAGGGCUUUAGGUGUCGACUCGAAGCGUGUGGGAGUGUGGCAGGAAUGCAAUCUGAACGUAAGUAUGGCUUUCUACAUGACAGCCGAUAUGGCCAAGCCAUUUCACACUUACGUCGCUGAUUUACUGAAUGACAAUAUGCGCGUGCUCAUUUAUGCUGGUGACGCCGACUUAAUGUGCAAUUGGUAUGGAAAUCAGGCUUGGACGUUGGCCCUCGACUGGAAGGGCAAGAAUCAAUUUAACGCAGCUUCUGAAACUACAUAUAUUACAGCUGGCGGACUGAUCGGUGGUGUCGUUCGGUCGUAUGAUCAUUUUACGUUCCUUAGAGUGUAUAAUUCGGGCCAUAUGCAUUAUGCCGGACGACAGUGCCCGUGUAUUUUAUUCACAUCGCAUUUGUUUUCGGCUGCCAAGGUCACCUUCAAAGUUACUCUCACGUCCGAUCCUAAGCUUCCCUAUCGAGUUGUCAACGUACCAGAGCAGGCUCCAUUCACAGCCGUGCUCAAGUAUGUUGCGGAAGAGUUCCACGUACCAGCAGCUACCAGCGCAAUCAUUACUAACGAUGGUAUCGGCAUCAAUCCAUCGCAGAGCGCUGGGAACGUGUUUCUCAAGCACGGCUCAGAGCUACGUCUGAUUCCACGCGACCGCGUCGGGGGCAGCCACUGGAGACUAUAA